GGUUCUAUGCAGCAAUAAUCUGAUUGGUUCUAUUCCAUCCACUAUCGGCAACAUGAGCAAACUUGUUUACCUGGUUCUUUACAACAACAGUCUGAGUGGAUCUAUUCCAUCCACCAUCAGCAACAUGAGCAACCUCUAUGAUUUGAAUCUUCACAGCAACGCCUUGAGUGGGUCCAUUCCGUCCACCAUCAGCAACAUGAAUAACCUCGGUCAUUUUGAUGUCAGUGAUAACAGCCUCACUGGCCAGCUCCCUCCAACAGUGGGCAAACGCACUCGAAUUUCAUACCUCGAUGUAAGUCAAAACAACCUCAGUGGCCAAAUUCCUCCAGCAAUAGGCCAUCUUACUCGUCUUUCACACCUUGAUGUCAGUUGGAACAACCUCACUGGUGAACUCCCCCCAACAAUAGGCAAUCUCAGUCUGCUUCCAUCCUUGUACAUAUCUUCGACUGCAAUCACAUGCCCUCCUGACUACAGCAGCUGCAUGGUCCCACAGAAUGCUUCCAGUGCUUUCUGCAGGCACUGUGACUCAUUUUGCAUCACGUGUGACAAGCCACAACGAGAUUUCAUACCCUCCCCAUCGCCAGUGCCAACACCAUCAGCCUCUCCAUCCCAGUCUGGAAGCGGUCUAUCCAACGGAACCAUUGCUGGCAUUGCUGUUGCUGCGGGUAUGGCUGUCCUCACGCUGCUGCUGCUGAGCUGGUUGCUGUGGAAGCGAUGCCGCACCAAAGGGGCAGCAGGAGGAGGUGACACUGACACUGAUGUGGUUGGAAAGGAUUUGGCAGAAGAAAGUGCAUUCCAAGACUCUGAAACUGAUUAUUCAAACGCAGCAUCCAGAGCAGUGGAGAGGGACCCGGAAGCAAGCGCUGCAGCUGCUGCUGCAGCGGCAGUUGUGGCAGCGGGCGCAGCAGCACAGGAGAAGCAGAGAAACCUGGUGGAGGAGAUGGAGGCAGUGACGCCACAUGUGUGCCAGAAGUUCACUCUGGAAGAGCUUGCAAGAGCAACGGGAGAGUGGGCAGAAGGGAACAGGAUUGGCAGUGGCAGCUUUGGGGAUGUGUACAAGGGUGUGUCGCUGCAUGAUCCGAAUUCGAUGUGGGCUGUGAAGCGCUCUAGAGUUCUCUCCAAUGACUUCCUCACUGAGGUGAAGGAGAUGGCCAGCAAGCACCACCCCAACCUGGUGCGCCUGCUGGGCUUCUGUGCGAACUACGAUUCAAGCACGGGCAGGAUUGAGCAAGUGCUCGUGUAUGAGUUCAUGGCGAACCGAGACUUGGAGACCUGGAUUGGACCAGGAGCUCCAAGCCACCUCUCUCUGUUGCAACGACUGGAUGUUUUGAUUGGAGUGGCAAAGGGGCUGCAAUAUCUUCAUGACUUUGGCAUUGUGCAUCGCGACAUCAAGCCAGCCAAUAUUCUCCUUGGUGCAAAAAUGCAGGCCAAGAUUGCAGACUUUGGACUGGUGAAACUCACUGAGACCACUGCUAUGGGCAUGUCUGUGGCUGCCACUCGAGUGAUGGGAACACCGGGCUAUGUGGACCCUGCCUACUACAAGUCUCACAAGGCUACUCCAGCAGCAGAUGUGUACAGCUUUGGUGUGGUGAUGCUGGUGGUCAUCUCAGCACGCAAGGCUGUGCAUGUGAGCGAGACCAGCCAGAUCAGCCUGAGGCAAUGGAUCGCCCCGUUCGUGGAGUCAGAUGCCGUAACAAUGUUCAAGGACCCAUACUUAGACGCACCAGACGACUUGGUGCUGCGCUGGGCUUGCCUUGCGCUCUCCUGCACCACCAUGCCUGCAGUCACCCGCCCCUCCAUGAAUCAAGUGCUGGGAGAGCUGGUGAAAUUGAAGCAAGAGGCGUUCGGAGCACAUGUGGGCGAUGCCAUGUCUCGCAUCAACAUGGAGAGUGGGAGUUUUAUUGGCUCCUCCAGCUUCACUGCUGAAAUGGCCCGUGCAGAGCAAGAGGGCAUGCAGAGUGACUCCGCAACCAGCGUGACAUAG